UGUUAUGUGUCCAUGAAUCUCAAGCCAAAACUAGUACUAUGAUGAGAAAGAAAGCAAGUGUGUUCCUUGUGAGUCUAUUUCUUUCGAUAGCUUUGUCCAAACAAGAUGCCUUUGACUAUGUUCAAGUGGUGUAUGAAUGGCAACCAGCCAUAUGCAACCUUGGAAAGAGCUGCAAAAUACAACCCGAGAACGAGUUUGGCAUUCAUGGUGUAUGGCCUAGCGUCUACUCCAAGGGACAAAUUGGACCUUGCUCUGGCCCUUCUUUUGACCCCCUCAAAAUCGUCUCAUUGCAAGACCGGAUGAGCCAAUACUGGCAAGACCUGGAGAAUGGGAACCCGAUAGAAGCGUGGGCGAGUAAGUGGGCAAUCCACGGGACUUGCUCGGCGACCGUGUUUGAUGAGUUCAAGUAUUUCUGCUUGGGUUUGGACACCUACGGCCGCCAUGCCAUGUUGUCAUUUCUAGUCCAUGGAGGUUUGGUUCCCAGCUCUAGCAAGUAUCUAGACAAGACUAGCUUUGUCAAAGCCAUCGCCGACAUGACCUCGAAGAAGGGUGGCGUUAUCUGCGCCGUUGAUCAACGUGGCCGGACACAACUUCAGAAGGCAGUUUUAUGUUACGCCAAAGAUGGUGAUACUCUCAUCGACUGCCCAGAUAAUGUUAGUAGUUCCUGCCCUGAUAACUUCUUGUGGCUUGCCUUGGGCGAUUGAGUUAUGUAAUGGAAGCUUAUAAAAGUAUUAUAAGCUAAGCUAAUAUACGUAGUUAAUCUAUAGUUAAUGAAUAAAACUAUUCUUCUGCCCAUCAUGCCUAGCUAUGUAGCAAAAUGAGGCAGAAGGGGAAGCUUUGUGUUUAUUUCCAUGAUGGUUAUAAUCUAAUUGCAUAUGGAUCUUUGAGUUUGAAUUUCACCUUU